UUCAUCCUCUGUUUCAAAUUAAAACACAAAUGGCAUCCUUUUCUUCCCAGCAAUACAAGUCAAACCUUGGGCUUCUAUGUGUUACUAAGAAAUAGUAACUCUCUCUCCAAAGAAACAUCUUUCAAAAUUGGGAUGACACAGAUUUUUGGUUUCUUUCUUUUCCACGUGGGAUAAAUUUUCCUAUUCAAACUUACACCAAUAUGAAUUUUCACUUACAAGCACUCUCAAAGCAAUUUUAGAUAAAAUAAAUAAUAAUAAAAUCAUGUUUCAUGGAAAAAAGUUCAAUGAUACAAAACCAAAACAAGGUUCUUUUGUAUACUUCAAGUUUCAAACCCCGAAUCCUUCUUUCCCACAAUCAAAUUAAUGUCAAUCGCCUUUGGCUUUCCAUUUUGACCUUUGAUCUCAACUAUGUUCUUUAACCUUAAUUUUUGGAACACUAUUCUGAUCUUAUCUGUACACUAAUGCAGGAGUUAAUUAGAAAUCAGUAGAUAUUGUUUGCCGUUGCCAACCAAGUCAACAGAUUUUAUGAUGGACAAUGUCAUCAGUUCAUUGUUCUCAGGCUUCAUAGACGCCAUUAACAAACUUCUUGGCUCUCCACUCGACUUUCUUGCCGGAAAGUCCUGCAGUUCAGUUUGUGGACCAACAUGGGAUUUUAUGUGUUACAUAGAGAAUUUUUGCGUUGCCAAUCUACUGAAGUUGGUCAUGGUAUUGGUUCUAUCCUAUAUUGUUCUCCUAUUCUUUUAUCUGUUAUACAAAGUGGGUAUCUGCCAGUGCAUUGGUCAUGGUCUUUGCAGAAUGGUAUGGGGAUGCAUUUCAUGCUGGUUCUCAUUUUGGGAAUAUUUCUGCACUUUCUUGUGCUUUAAGCUUCGAAAGGUUAAGAGGAUAAAUCGACGGCGUAGAAGAGUAAAGGAAUAUCAGUUUGACACUAGUGAAGAAUAUGAUGAUGAUGGUGAUGAUGAUGAAAGCUUUGCAUAUCGCAUUUCUAGACCAAUUGAGAUAAGCAGUAGGUCACUAUCUGGUGGAUGGAGAAACUACAGAGAAGUGCACCUGAGGAAGUCUUUGAGGCCUAGAAGUCAUCGAAUAAAAGUGGGGAUUAGUAGAGAUGCUGUUUAUAGAAAAAACCAUACUAAGCAUGGACAUCAUCUAAACACAGUUCAUGACAUUAGGGUCACACAUACAUCAAAAUUUGCACAGAAAGGUUCAAAUUAUAGGGGAAGCGUUCAUCGUAGCAGGAGAUUAUUCUAAAAGCCGACAAUCUUUUUCUUGUUAAUCUCAUUCAUACUAUUUUACAACAACAUCGUAAUGUCAUAUUCUUUUCUAUCAUAGCUUGUUAUCAGA